AGCUAAAUCAAAAUAUUUAAAAGACAAUUUAAAAUAGCCUAUCUCUAAAAAAGAAGUUUCAUUAGCUACUGUCUUGUGUACUAUGAAAUAGUGCAAUUUGAAUUAAUGAGAAGGAUCAAGGUUUGCAAGAGCACAUUGGCAGGGUUGUCUGAUCUAGGUAAUUCCACCUUUUCAUUUCCCUAAAUGAUCUUUAUCAGAGUUUAAUUUUAUCAUAUUUUGUUCGAGUUUGUUUGCCUGGUUAACUGCCUAGUGUUUCUUCAGCAUCAUGUACUCUUGGAGGAUUAAAAAAGAAAUUCAGUAUUUCAGUUCCCUCUUUUAACUAUACAAACUCAAAACAAGCCCUGUACUAUAUAUAGUUGUGAAAGGAAAUUCUCAAAUAUCUGAGCUUUUAAAAAAAUAUUGUAUACCAGAGAUGGAAAAGUGAGAAGGUGACAGGAAAAGAGCAGAGAAUAUAAUUUAGAGUUCUGAAAAGAUAUGAGGGCACUGAAUGGCAAGAUAAACUGUUAAUCAUCAUAGCUUAACACAGCAGGAAGAGCUUCAUUUAAUUGAAGUAUUCUUGAAAGUAUAUGAUGAUUAACACAUUGAAAAAUAAUGUUAUUCAUCUUUAAGGGCCUUAAAUUGAUAGUACUUCUGUUAAAAGUACAUUUUAAAGUGAAAAAAAGAAACUAGCAAUAAAAUUAUAAAUAUAACCGAAUAUAAACAACAUCAACAAGGUAAUGAUUAUUGUAAAAUAAAAAGCAGUGUGACUGUUAAAGUGUUGCAGAAGUUUGAGCUUGCUGCUUUUUUGAUGAGUGCUAAAGAAUUGAGUACCAUGCAGAAAAAAAGGGAACCUAACAUGGUACUGCCGUGCAGAAAGGACAUAACAGCAAUAGUUCUUAUCCACAAGAUAAAUAUUUAUCCUUAGUAACUAAACUAAAACAUUUUGUAAGUAUUUGAACAUAAUAAAACCAUGAAUCAUAGUCAGUUCUAGGUUUAUAAGCAGUCAAUAUACCAGAGAGCUUAGAAUCCAAAUUUUAUAGAUCACAUUGUGCUAUAUAUCAUGUCCACUAAAAGGUGUGUGACCAUCACAUUUUACAUUUGCAGAUUCUGUACUGUGUCAGAGUUUGCAGAAGUUGGAUCAUAGUAAAUAAUGCAAGUGGACUACAGAAAAAUAAAAAUGUAGGGAAGAUAAAAUGAAAUUAGGUACUUUCAACAAAAAAAGCUUGGGAGGAAUAAUCUGAAAUUUAGGUACCCAUUGGAAGGAAGAAGCCUGUGAAGCAGGAGUGGCUGAAGGACAAUGGGCUUGCAGGGUGUGAAUAGUUGGCAACUGAGUCUUGAAUUUGCAAUGUAAAUGAUCAGCAUGAAGAGUUGGUAAUGUACUGGGCCAUGUACACGAAAUUUGGUCUCUGGAAGAAAACUGUCUAGCAGAAUCCCAUUGGAAAUUCUCAGCAAAUCUUAAUUAAUAGGAUUCAAAAAAAAUCAAUCAAAGCUAUUUUUAAUUUUUUACAGGAGAUGUAAAGUAGAAAAGGAUUUACAUUUGUACAACUUGUGCAGGAAAAGGGAGAUACUGUUGUUAUUUACCUGUGAAAGAGAAGUUAAACAUCAGAAAAGUCAAAUAAUUGUCUUGGAUGAUAAAAGUAUUAGCUAUUUCUAGCUAUUUUCUAAUGAUCACAUUCCAGGGUCCAGUACCAGGGUUGGCACACACUGUUAGUCCAAAUAACAGCAUGAUCUUUCUGUCACCCAGCUUCUCCUCUGCUUUUCUGGGUAUCACUCCCGUGGAGCACAUUGAAAUAAAGGAAAGUGAGGCUGGAAGAGAAGAGAUACUGAGGGUUGUGGAUUCUAUUUCUGCUUCCAGGUCUUACAAAGAUAUUUUGACCAGUAUAUUCUAUUUUUUGCUUAAAUGCUGCCAGUGGAAGUAGUUGCAAACUGGAGUGCAGGACUCUGGGCCUUGAUGGAGCUCCUCCGUGCUUGGCUCUCUGUGACUCAGUCUCUCCUCAGCCUUGAAUGCUGGCAUAGCAACGACAAGCAGGAGACAGAACAGGAAGUACUGAGUGAAAUCAAGUAAAGUUAUGGCUGCAGGACAAGUACAAGAAUUUGAAUGCUUCACUGACUUUGACAAAGAGCUGGUUUGUCACUGGAAGGUGCCUGCACAAACCAAUUGCUCCAAAGAAUUCCGGCUCUGCUACAGCAAGGAAACUUCUUCUGUGUCAAACAUAUGUGUUCCUGAGAAUGAAAAAGACAGUUUAAGGUGCACUUGUACAAUAUAUCCAGAUUAUUUUGUAUCAGGCCUCACAUAUAUUCUAGCCCUACAAUUCAAUGGCACUGAUAUGUGGAAUUACAAUGUUACACCAGCCCUUGUUGUUAAGCCGAGGGCCCCCAAAAAUCUUGCCGUUGAGAAAGCUGAAAAUGGUAACUUCAAUCUGAGUUGGGAGGAGAGCCACUCUCAUUCAUCCUUGCUCUCUGGACAGCCAGUCAUCUAUGAAGUGAAGUACUGGAGGAAGCAGCACCCAACAGAGGUUUCUGUAAAAGCAAUUAACUACCAGGCAAAAAGCUUUGAGAUUACUGCAAGCUCCUUGAAGAGAGGCUAUGAUUAUGUUGCAAGUCUCAGGUGUAACUACAUGGACUUCCCAGCCUACUGGAGUGAAUGGAGUGAAGAAGUUGAAUUUCACUAUGAUUACGAGGUGAAGGCUGAAGACAUUCUGCAGAUGGCUGUGCCCACAUCCUGCAUACUGAUCAUGGCAGGAUCUGUAAUUUGUUACUUCUGUUUCACUAAAGUGAAGAAAGAAUGGUGGGAUCAAAUCCCAAAUCCAGCAAAGAGCCAUUUGGUUGUAAAAAAUGUCAAGUUUUCAGUUCCGUGCCAUUUUGAUGAAAUUAAGUUCCCAUUCCAUGACUUAAAGCAGAGUCAUAUGGAACAACAAAUAAGUUGCAAGAACUGUCAGGCUCAAAGUUUGUCAAGCCAAAACUUCAAGGGAAAAGAUAACAUCAGAAAUGUUGAGACAUCUUGCAGUUGCCACAGCAAGUCUGGAGAGUGUUUGCCAAAAGGCAGCAGUGCAGUUUUAACCCCUGAUACAAUACCAGUUGAAGAGUGUAUAGAAAUCUGUGUAUGUUUAACAGACAGUGAAACUGAGAGCCAAGAAGAAACUGGCAACCAGAUCACCAUGUUCAAGCCUUGUGAGAGCAGCAUUGGUGCUUUCAGAGAGCACACUGAACACAAUGAGUUACUAGCUAACAUGUUCGAUGCACUCCUGGCAGAUGAAAAUAACAUGCAAGACAAUAAGGGCCCAAACAUCCCCACAGCUGAGAAGAAAACCUUAGAGAACGUUGGGUCAGAAAAUCCAUCACAGCGAAAUCCAAAAGAAAGUGCAGCCCAGAGUCUGCAACCAUGUGAUAUUUCUCAUACAACUCCCCUUUUCACCAAAGCCUCUAAAGAUGACUACAAUUGUAGUACAACCAGCAAAGAGUCAGAACUAUCAGAAGAAUCCUUUGAAUCUGGCUAUCAGAGCUCCAGUAUAAAUUCUGCUUCUCUGGAUGCAAGAGAUCUUCAACAAAUGGUUCAUCAAAGCCUUUUUCUAUGUAGUUCUGAAAGUGAGCUUGACUCUUGUGUCCUGAUGCAGGAGUCUACAAACAAAUCAUUGUCUGGAGCCAAAACAGACAGAAUAAACAGCCCUGCAGACAAGAGUUUUGAUACCUUUGUGUCUGCAUCCAUGGGCUUGUGUGGUUCUGCUUACAAGAGCUGUGACACCCUUUUGUCUCCAUCCCUGGAACCCUGUGGCUCUGCCUACAGGAGCUUUAAUACGCUUGUGUCUGCAUGCAAGGAACCAAGCAGCUCUGCAUACAAGAGCUUCAAUGCCCUCGUGUGUCAGUCGAUGGCUAACAGUAGCUUUGAAAGCUUGCCCUCCUCACUGCCUUUGGCACAGCUGUCAGAGAUGGCCGAAUGCAGCUGCAGAGAUCAAAGCACUCGGCCUGCUGGCAGCCAGACGUGUUACAACAACAGCUACACAUCUCCCAGCACUGAGCUUGAUUUUCCAAACACCUGUUCAGAACAGACUGGUUUUCUGUCUUUCUCCACACAUGCAAAUGAGGAUGCUUCAGCUUUUCUUUCAGAGGAGGAAACACAUAAGCACGUAAUAUAUCAAAAUGUUCAAAGGAAAGCAGAUAUCAUUUCUUGCCCCAUUGCACCUCGGCCGUCUGGUUAUCAGCCUUUUGGGAGUGCAGGUAAACACAACGGUCUGUACUGGGACAGUGACAAUGAAGUUAUCUCUACAUCACUGUAUGAAUCCUUCAUUAAUCUGUGCAACAGCCUGAGUGAAGCACCUCCAGAUACUGCAAUCUAUGAACCUGACCCAAGGAUAAAGGACAGUGUAUGUUUGACUGUUCAGAGUUCUGACUGCACCAUUGUCCCAGGUUUAGCAUCUAGUGAGAAUGACACACGGACUAGUGAUAGCAGCCCUUGGAUCAACAGUGCUAAUGAGCUGUCUGGUGAUAGCAGUGAUGAAAAUACCAGCAGAGAUGAACAGCUGUUACAUUUGUUAGAGAUGAAAUGUCAAGAUUUAAACAGCAAAGAAAGAGCUACAAAGGGAACAAAAUGGAAAAGCUUUAACCCUUCUGGUGAAGUAAUGCAAGAGGGUGGUGAUAACAGACUAAAAUACUGACUUCCACUGCUACUCACACAACCACUUGAGGGAACUUGGAGAUGCAGGGGGAAGUGAAGAGAUGCUGAAGCAUGCAGAUGGGGGUGGGGGGUGUGGCUCAGCAGUCAGCUUACCAGCAUGGCUGGACAGUGUUGGGCUAAACUUAGAAAAACUGCAGAGCCCCUGGAGCUCCAUGGCUCAGACAAGGUGCUACCUUGUCAUUUUAUUAGUAACUCCUAUCCUGAUUCUCACACCAUUCACAGUGAGGACUCUAGACUGACACUUGCAGUUAAAAAUAAGACCACUAGAACUGUUAAUGGAAAACAACAGGAAGGAAAAAACAAACUUGUGCAAACCCUUGCUCAAGAGGACACCUGCUAUAUGGAGGUAGCCUAGCCACAUAGUGCAGCCACUAGACUGAGCUAGUCUUUGGAAAUAAACUGUAUGACGAGUUGAA